UGGUCUGAUCGACUUUUGUGUGCCCAUAAUCGUGGCUUGCUUCCAGUUGCAUACCCGACGCAACAAACGACACGCGCUUCCUUGUUGCGCAAGCGCAGUACAAUAAUCUCUUGCACUCCCCCCCAUAGUCGUAAUCACAGAUACACAAAAAUAGGUACUGGGCCUGGGCUUGAGGUUCCGGGGGUUGCACGCUGUGCAGACGUCAUGGCUUCCAUUUUGUGCCUGGCGCAUUACUGCGACUUGCAUGGGCCCACUCCUCUGAUGGUCACCGAGGGGCUCCCGGUACCUUGUUCACGAUGUUACGAUGAGACGAUAGACGCAGGUCGGGCGCAUACAGCGACCUCAAGCGGCGUACCUCCUGCAGUAGCAGAUGCAAUGCGCAAAAUGACACUCGAUAGUUCGCGGACGACAGGGUCACCACAAGAAGUGCAACGAGCGGCAACAAACAGGGCAUCCAAGCCUCAGCUGGAAAAACCAGCAGCAGCACCGGCGAUGGAAACCCCACCACAAAGCCCCCGUGAUGCGCCAGAAGGCUUCAAGGAUCAAAGCAAAAAGAGCUUCCGCAAAACCUACGAUGACUAUGUAACUAAGAAUGCAAAUCCUUGCCAGAACUGCGCCCUCACCUUACCUAAGCGCCAGGAUAGCAAGAAGGGCAAUGAAAAUCUUACAAGUGCCGGCGACAAGUCUGACCUUCAGGGGCCGACACUCAGGACCAGAGCGCCAUACGCACGAGUGUAUGGAGGCGGCAGCAGGGACGCCAGUCCUCCUAACUCGAAUCCGCAAUCAUCAUGUACUUCGGAUGACGAGGAUGUAGCGCCCACCAGUGUUGCUCGUGGCUCUUCGAGCAGAAGGCCGACCACCGCCACCUCGCACUCUAGUAUCUCCUCCAAGCCGAGUGCAAAUACCCAUACGCACUAUCUCGACUAUACCAGCACCCACGAGUCGCACGUCGCAAACACCUACUCACUAGUCCGGAAUUCUUGCUUGCGCACACUAUCCUUCGAGACCUUGCCACGACGGGCGGAUCAUGGUGCCAAUUCCGCAAUGAACAGCCCCAUAUCAGGCGUGCCACCUCCAUUGGGCCCCUCGUAUACCUCCCCGCCUCUCUCUGUGAACCCAGCUUAUAUCAAUGCUACCCCUACGCCCCAGUCUGCCGCGUCUGGUGGGCCAAUAUUCUUUGGCGAUUCGAUUAAUGGCUUCACAACGGCGUAUAUUUUCCGCAUACCAGACAUGCAUGCGCGCGGACGGAAACGUGUCUAUGCUUUCUUGGCUCUGACGACGCAUCGUGAGAGAGUUGCUAUGAAGGUGUUUGGAUUUAUCUCAGCAGCCUUCCGAGAUUUGGCGGCUUGGGUACAGGAUCUCGCGGAUGCAGAAGCCGAGAGAGAGCGGGAGAGAUUAGAGUUGCAAGGCGGUAUCACGAGCAAUCUGAGUUCGUACGGUGGUGGUUACGAGCGAGGCCCCCGAGACAGCGGCGUUGGUUUUGGUCUCGGCGGCGGCAGCUUUCCGGACCAAGACCGGGAACGAAGUCGAGAUAGCGGUAGCAGCUUUCUGACCGGCGGUGGGCGUACUGGUUUGACUAAUCGCAUGGGCAUGGGCGGGUCUAUGGGACCUGGCGGCUUCGCACCCAAGUCGCGCGGUCUGGCUGAGCUUGUUGGGCUACCUGACUUCUUUAUUGAACUGCACUCGAGAUUCGUGCGACUACUUCUCGAGCUUGGCGUCGUCCUUGGUUCUUGAGCUUGCCUAAGAUGAUGGGUGAAUAAUGAGCUUGAUUAGGAUGGUGGACGGAGGAGGAGAGCAGGU